AUGAUUACGUGACCUAAAUGGCACUAGCUUCACAAUGGUCACGGAUUGUUGGAAAGUGCCAACAAAUGCGACGGGCAACUUUUACGAUAAUGUGUGGUUUGUUAUGUAGGCCCACUACAAUAUAGUGUUUUCUCUUAUUUCGAGUGGGGUUAGGCCACACGGGGAUAAACUGUAUUUCUCAUGUCGAGGUAGGCAAACUAUAUUGAUUAGCAUUCAGAUUGUAACGAUUGGUGCGUGCCAAUAUUGUUCAGCGUCUGUUUUACAUUAUUUGAGAAAACAAGUCGUAGUAAAGUCAUGCGCACUGAUUUUUGCUUCAAUGUUUGAGAGUGAACUCUAGAAACUUGCUUAUUGAAAAAAGACGACACAAUUGGUGACAGGGUGUUCUUAAGUUCUGGUUAGUCGUAGUAGCCAACAGCAGCUUUGCCAUGUCGGAGAGGACACCACUCCUGCACUAUCGCCUCUCCACAAGUGUCAAUGAGCAGUCGGGGGAGCAUCAGCCGUGUCUUCCCAGGGAGGCUGUGGAGCAGUCCCCGGCUUUUUCCAGACGGAAGUCGGCGCACCACAGCCGGCCCAAAAAGCUCUCCACAUUCUUUGGUGUGGUGAUACCCACCUUGCUGUCUAUGUUCAGCGUGGUGGUCUUCCUACGAAUUGGUUUUGUGGUGGGCCAGUGUGGGCUGUAUCAGGCCAUAGCCAUGUUCUUAGUGGCCUACUUCAUCAUCAGUAUGACCGUGCUGUCGGUGUGUGCCAUCUCAACCAAUGGAGCUCUGGAUGCAGGAGGGGCCUACUACAUGAUAAGUCGUGCGUUGGGGCCAGAGUUUGGGGGCAGUCUAGGUGUCAUGUUCUUCCUGGCUAAUGUGUGUAGCAGUGCCCUCUAUAUCCUGGGUCUGGUCGAGGCCAUAGUAGCAACCUUCGGGCUUCCAGAAGAUGGGGUGAGCCCAGCGGGUUCCCUCCAGGUGUUGCCAGCGGGGUAUUGGUGGUCGUUGCUCUAUGCCACCGGCAUCCUCCUCCUCUGCUUGCUUGUGUGUCUGGUGGGGGCAGAGAUCUACGCCAAAGCCUCCUUCAUCAUCUUCCUGGUGGUCAUGCUGGUGCUGGCCACCAUCUUUAUCAGCUUUUUCGCUGUGCGCCCGCGCACCAUCCUCCUGCCCGCCGCUCCACCCAUCCUCAACGGCACGGGGCCACAGCCGCCGACCAUGGCCAACUUCACUGGCUUUAAACUGAACACACUCCUGGGCAACCUGGAUGAAUUUGGGGUGGAUUCGGACAUGGAGCUGAUUGAAUUGAUUUCUAAAUCCGCCCCCCCUUCCCUAGCUGACUAUGCUGUGGACUACACAACAGGAACCAUGAUGUCCUUUGCUACGGUGUUUGCUGUCAUGUUUAACGGGUGCACAGGCAUCAUGGCUGGAUCCAACAUGUCAGGUGACCUGAAGAACCCUAGCUACUCCAUACCUCGAGGAACCAUCACAGCUGUCAUCUUCACCUUCAUAAUCUACAACCUCCUCAGUCUGAUGGUGGCCUGCUCCUGUGACCGUAUUCUCCUCCAGAGGGACUACAGUUUCCUGCGGGACAUUAAUGUGUGGAACCCGUUGGUGACCGUUGGUGUGUACUCCUCCACCAUGUCUGCUGCCAUGAGUAACCUGAUAGGGGCCUCUCGCAUCCUCUACGCUCUGGCACGGGACGACCUGUUUGGCACGGUGUUGUCUCCAGCUAAGAAGACAUCUGGCAAUGGGAACCCCUGGAUGUCUGUCCUCCUAUCCUGGUUCCUAGUACAGUUGGUGUUGUUCACAGGGAAGUUGAACACCAUCGCCAGCAUUGUAACCAUCUUCUUCCUGCUGGUCUAUGCAGCUGUGGACCUGGCCUGUCUGGCUCUGGAGUGGGCCUCGGCUCCUAACUUCAGGCCCACGUUCCGUUACUUCACGUGGCACACCUGUGUGCUGGGCAUCGUGGGCUGUGCUGUUAUGAUGUUCCUGAUCAACUCUAUCUACGCCUCAGCCUCCAUCGCCUUCAUGCUGCUUCUACUGCUGCUCAUCCACUACCUCAGCCCUACCAGCAGCUGGGGCUAUAUCAGCCAGGCUCUCAUCUUCCACCAGGUGCGUAAGUACCUGUUGAUGUUGGACGUGCGUAAGGACCAUGUGAAGUUCUGGAGACCCCAGGUGUUGCUGAUGGUAUCUAACCCCCGUAGCAGUGUAGGUCUCAUCACCUUCAUCAACGACAUCAAGAAGAGUGGUCUCUAUGUCCUGGGACAUGUACAGCUAGGAGACCUGGACACAUUACCGUCCGACCCUCUUCAGUGUCGUUAUGACUCAUGGUUGUCUCUGGUGGACCACCUCAACAUCAAGGCAUUUGUCAACCUCACCUUGGCUGACUCAGUACGGCACGGAGUCCAACAUCUACUCUUCAUCUCUGGCCUAGGUGGGAUGAGGCCCAACACCUUGGUCCUGGGUUUCUAUGAUGACUGCACCCCCAAAGACAAACUCACUGACCCCGCCCUCGCAGAUGCCACCGUCCCCACUCAGGACCCCGAGGACGAACGCCCGCCCUACCACUUUCCUGCCCUUCGCGCGUCCAUUGAUGGCAAGGAGGAGGGCAAUGGAGAAAACGGAAAAGUCAUGGGACCCCAAGAAUACGUGGCGGUGAUCGCAGACGCCAUGAAGAUGAUGAAGAAUGUAGCGCUAGCCCGCUACUUCCACCAGUUCGACCGGGCCUCGACCAUCUCCUCGUCCCCAGGGAAGGGUGCUCUGUACGUGGACGUGUGGCCCGUCAACCUGCUGAGACCAGACAGCUCCAGCUACGUAGACACCUGCUCCCUCUUCCUGCUCCAGCUGGCCUGCGUCCUCAACAUGGUCCGCGCCUGGCGCCAUGCUAGACUCCGCCUCUUUCUGUGUGUGGAGGAAGGGCGGAGCCUGCGGGGCUCUGAAGGGAAGCUGGGUCAGCUGCUAAAGGAGCUGAGGAUCAAAGCCAACGUGUACACGGUGCCCUGGGACCAGCAGGUGGCGCUACAUUGGCAGAGGCAGGGUGAGGCGGGCAAGCGGAGGCCCUCCCGCCAAUCACGGAGAGAGGAGGAGGGGCUGGGAAAGAAGGGGUUGUUUGAGGAGGAGGAAGGAGACGACGACUAUGUGAACAGCUUCCCUAGCAACGCCACAAGGCUGUCGGAUGAGUAUCUGUCGGCAGUUAAUAGGUUGAUCCUGGAGCAGGCCCACCCCCCUCCGGCUGUGCGUUUCCUGUAUUUACCCCGCCCCCCGGCUGACACGCGCCGCUACACGGCCUACCUGCGCCAGCUGGAAUUGCUCACCAAGGAUCUGGGUCCUACCCUGCUCAUACACGGGGUUACACCUGUCCUCACCACUGACCUCUAACCCUAAACUUUCACCAGCUAACCCCUGAUUAAACCCUUAUUUCAACCCCUUACCAAAUUGCUGCAGGUGGAAGUGGUACUUAGACAAAGGUCAAGGAUCCACUUACCUUCCUCAAAGCUGUACUAAAAUACAGCCCCAUUCUCCUUAUGAAUAUGGAAGGGUUGCAAUGGCCAAAAAGUCCAUCAUAAAUAAUAUAUUGAUUUUACUCCUUCAAGGGGACUGAAGUCUGACACUCUGCCAAGUCAUUGGAGCUCAGCUAAUUAUUUUCUUUUCUGUAAGCACUUUUGUAGUUUAUCUACAAGAUAAGAAACAUGUGACCUUUUAAACAUUUUCAGUUCAAAUAUGAAAAUCUAUCAAUCUGUUUAAUGGGACUAUCUAUUUAUAGAAACAACAAUAAAAAAUAAUUAAAGAAAUGUAUUUGGGUGUUCUUGAUCUGUUUUCCCUUUUAGAAAUAUUUUCCUUUGUAUCGUUAUGACUGACUGAACUGAUCAGAAUGCCAAAGUGCCCUUGUGUGCCUGAGUGUAGACUAUACAUUGCACACUCAUGUCAGCUUUAGGACCAGUUGUUUCCUGGACCUACUCUAGUCCUACUCUAGUCUACAUGGAAUCCCAUGGAUGUUUACUGAAAGGAUAUCUAUUCUAUAUAGAUCUAUUUAAUCUCUAUGAAGCCCUUCAAUUGGACACUACACUCCUAUGCAAAGAAUGCUGGUAUAUGACAGGUCCUACGCAGCUCAAUUACUUUUUUGGGUGAACACAUACUGGUACAUCGACACUAUUUUAAAUUAAAGAAAAAAUGACAUUCUAAAAGCACCAUGCAAAUCAUAUUUUAAAGUGUGUAUGUUGUAAUUGAAUAAAGAAGCUGUUUUGUAUAA